AUGACGUCUACACAGCAUGAUCAUAUUGUCCUUCUUGUCGACACUCCUUUCUUCGAAAACCUCCCCAGUUGGGUUACCGAUAAUUUCACCGUCACCCCUGGAGGCUACCAUGAUGGCCAGCCAUCUCGCAACAAACUGGUCAUCUUCACUGAUGGCAGUUACUUGGAGUUCUUCAACUGGUACGACACACCGCCAUCUCUUGAUAAUGAGAAACUGCCAAUGAGAUUUUGGGGACCCAAGUCUCCAGGAUUGAUUGACUUCGCAAUCACGGAUACAACCCACUCCGCCGAGCAAUCCGUAUCGACAGUCAAUGACCGCUUGACCGAAGCGCCCGAGAAGGAUGCCGGUCUUGGUGUCAAAUUCGGCGCACCGAUUGGAGGCUCACGCAAGAAGGCUGACGGCGUUGAGAUCAAGUGGAAGGUGACACGACCAGAGUUUUCAAAAGGCGAGAAGACACCUGGCCAAGAGCUUUUCGCCGACGGCAGAAUCGACGUUCCAUUCUUCUGCCACGACAUCACUCCGCGGACCGACCGGGUCCCUUACAAGGACGAAAAGAAGACAACCCAUCCCUGUGGUGCUACUGGUAUCGCGGCCUGCGAGAUCCUCGUGCCGAAGCACCUGCAGCGUGAGUACGUCAGCGUCUACUCCAAGAUUCUUGGCUCCGACCUCGAGGCUGAGGCAGGGCAAAACUCGCAUACCCUCGACAUUGGUUUGCCCGAGGGGUUGGCUCGUUCCACGGUGGUAGUGCGUGCAGCUGAGACGGACAAGGAUAUCAAACGCAUGCAAGAGAGAGGUAUCGGCCUCUCUGAUCUUGUCAUAGCCGUCAAGUCUGAUGGUCCAGGCGGUGAGACGAGACGCCCGUUGGGCUCCGCGGGCAUUGAGUCUACCAUUUGGCUCGAAAAGGCAAAACUCUAG